UGGAGAUGGUCUCUGGAGGAAGGAGGAGGAGCGACACCCCUGGAGGAGGAAGGAGAAGCCGCCCUGCGACUCAGCGCACAAUAAAGCUACUGGUGAACACCCGCACCGGGCGCGUGGUGUGCGCGGAGGCGGGCAAGGAUGUGGUGGACUUCCUCUUCUCCCUCCUCGCCCUCCCCAUCGGCACCGUCGUCAGGCUGCUCGCCGCGGAUCCCAUCGGCAGCGUCGGCAACUUGUCCCGGAGCCUCGACGAGCUCGACGGCACCUACAUCGUCGAUGAAGAUGCAAGGGACGCCCUGCUCCCGCCCAGGGCCGGCGGCGGCCUUCUCCUCCUGCUCACCGCUGGCGCGUCGUCCUUCUCUCGCGGGGUCGUGCAGGGCGUCGUGACCUACACCAUCACGGACGACCUCAAGGUCACCCCCAUGUCUCGCAUCUCCGAGAUCCCCAUGAUCAACGCACACCGCAUCAGGGACCCCCGCGACCUCCAGGAGAGGAUUGUCCACUUUGGCCGCACCGAGAGUCUGAAGAUACUCAAGGCAUCACUGCAGUCCCAGACGGUCCUCACCGACGUCUUCCUUAGGAGGCCUUAAACCGCAACCUCAAGAGUCAAUAAUCGAUCCUUAUGAUCCCCACCAGAGUUCACAGUCUUCUUCCCGUGUCGGUGUUGCAUGCGCGUGUGUGCAUGUGUGUCUAGCUUUGGUGAUUUAUAUCUAUAUAUGGUCGUGAAGAACAUUAAGUAAAGAGUCUGGUUAGUGGUUUAGGUUAGGGGUUUUUUUGUCCUCGGGGGUGCCGCACUCGGAUGGAUGGUGGCGCUUCUUCUUCGAGAUUGUCUUCCGGGCUUCAAUCCUCCUCGAGUUUGUUCGUUUGGACAUAAUCGGUGGAGCUCCGGUGUAGAUUCCUACCGUCUCCUUGGGACGGUGAGGUCAGGGUUUCUCGUCAUGUGGCGAGAUUUGGUGUCUAGUGCUUCAGUUCUAUGCAAGGGUUCAAUGGCGACGACGGUGCCUCCAGGACGGUCCUUAGGGACACGUGCAUGAAGAUUUUCCAGCUAUCAUCGACAAAGUCAGGCCGGCUCCGGUAGUCCAGCGGUGACAUCGGUGUGUCGGCGGCUCGUACUCGUUUGAUGGUCUCAAAAUCUCAAUGUAAUUUUUAUUAUGUUUCAAAUAUUUUGUAUUUUCAA